AGAAACUUCCAAAUAUUUAUUGUUUGGUGUUGUUUGGCUUCUAUUUUAUCCCUCGUUUUUUUCCUCCGUGCAGUUUUAAUUCAAACCUUGCUAUCAAGACAUCAUGCUUAUGAGUCAGUCUUUAACAUCCUGACCGAAAAAAAUCAAGUUUUUCCUUUCAUAUUGAAUUUAGGAUUCGUCGAUGCACAAAAUAAGUAUUUCCAAGAACUUCAAACAAAUUAUGGAAGAACAGCUCGACUACUGUAAACUUUAAUUCAAUAUUCUAAACAAUUUAAUGACUUCUAAGCAUAUCUAGCUCAGGAAUCAUGGCUUUCAAGUUUCGUAUCAUGUUUAUAUGGGGAAUACUUCAAAUCAUGUUCGUUGUCUCAUCCUAUCAGAUGACUGAAAAAGUUCUCCCAAGCCCUCCAAGACAUCUGUAUACAACCUCAUAUGAAUUCAACAUGUUUCUUCACUGGACAUCUGCUAAUUCUACUGGUGGCAUACUGACAUACUACAAAGUACAAAUACACUGUACAGACCCGCCCAAUUGUUCACUUGAAAGACGCGAUAAAGGCGGAGUAUAUUAUGCUCCAGGAUUUCUACCUGAUUGUGAUUCACUAAAACAUGUUGAUGGAAUGAACUAUUCAUGUAGCCUUUUAAGUGCUGCUUUAUUUAACACCUACAUAGCAACUGUGUAUGCUAUAAAUCGCUUUGGAAACUCAAGUGCAUCAAUAUCAUUUUUCAGGCCAUCCCCUAUCUAUCCGUUAACCACACCUGCACAGCCCAUCAAGUUCAAUGCCACAGAAUUUCAACAAGGCAGCGUUAGAUUGUCAUGGAAAGACCAAGCCCAAACAGGGAAUUUAGGUUUGAUACAUUAUAGAAUUGGCUACAGAGAAGAAGGAUCCAACAUCAAUAUGACAUAUCUAAAAGAUCAGACUGAUAAGGAUACCACAGCUGUUAUCAACAAUUUGAAUCCUUAUUCAAAGUACUGUUUUAAUGUCAAAAAACAAUUCAGAUCGGGAAAUAUAUCCAGUCCAUUAAGUACACCAGCAGUUAUCUGCUUACACACCAAAGAUGCAGCCCCUAGUGAGCCUCCACAGGAUAUGACUUGUUUGGAGUUGAUGAAAGAUAAAUUGACUAACGUCAGUACUGUAUUGGUUUCUUGGAAGCCUCCAUCCAAAAAGCAUCAAAAUGGUCAACUUGCGAAUUAUAGGAUCUUUUAUGCUACUUCAGGACCCAUCAACAAAAGCACUGUGAUUGUGAAUGCAAGUCAAACUAAUAUCAAUUUGACUAUUCCUAAGCCACAUAAAACCAUCCAGAUAUAUUCUAAAGUUUGUAACAAGCAUGGAUCAUGCAGUGGGAUUAGCGAAACCUGUUACAUUAAUGGGCAACCUGAUUCAACAAUGACAAAACUUUCUGGUGCCAACUAUAAAAUGAUUGUUGGAGUCACUAUAGGGGCUUCCGUCUGCAUUGUUAUCAUUAUAGUGGUUGUUUAUCGCUUGUCCUGCAGGAAAAAGAAAACCACUCAAAGAGAUAUUUUUAAUGAUAUACCAGUAGAAGAAGAUGAACUCAUCUAUCAUGACUUGUAUGAUGAACCAGGGAAUAAUGAAGAAGAACACGAGUAUGACAAACCAAAUAUAUAGCUGCUUUACCAGGAAGUAAUGGUCAACAUGAACUACAUAGAUUUAUGAAGACUUCAUUGUAGUAUAUCCAAGACUUGGCAUUGAAAGGUCUAAGAACCAUUUGCAGAUGUUUUUUCACCACCUUCUACUCAAAUACUACAAGAAAAUAUUCAUCUGCAUGCAUGCCAGGGCUUGAACACGAGACCUCCCACACGACACUGGUUUGUGCUCCACCAAAUUAACCAACCAGGCUGUGUUAAUCAGUUUUUAUCCAUUGAUAGGAUACAUUAAUCUGUGAGGAAAGUGUGACAUAUACAGAAAACUGUAAUAUUGUCAGUAUAAGCUGAACCAUGUAAUGGUAAACAUAGCACAGACAUUUUCAUUUACUAGUCAGAACGAAAUUAAUCUUCCACUAGCAGGGUUGAGAGUGGUCAAAAUAUAAGGUUAAUUAUUUAAGUCUUGAAGGAAAACUGUAAAUCCCAUAGUACUAUAAUAUAAAAUUUUUUUCAGGUGCUGGGGGGGAGAACAAGAUUCUUUGUUCGAGUUGUAUCCAUAUUCAUGUGUCUUCUCAUGUGCAACCCUUAAACAAAGAAAUGAUACUCUAGGGAAUGACACAUGGUCUUGAGAACAAGAUUCUUUGUUCAAGUUGUUUCCAUAUUCAUGUGUUUUCUUGUGUGCAACCCUUAAACAAAGAAAUGAUACUCUAGGGAAUGACGUGGUCUGAUAUGGGAUAAUACACUUCUAUCUAUUACUGCAGCACAACGAAUAAAAUCUAUAACCUUGA